ACCCAAAGCCGGUGCGAGGAGAUAGAAACGAGGAUAGAGAGAGAAGGUGGAGAGAGUUUAUUAGGUAUUCCCCCCCCCCCCCCCCCCCCCCCCCCUUUUUUUUUUCUUGGCAGAUUUCUUCCUUUCUCAUCUCGGCGUGACUCCAUUUCUCUGAUCGAUCCGAUAAUACCGUUGAAAGUCUGCCCGUUUGUUACUAGUUUGGUUCAUACGAUUCCUUGCAUCCGAAUAUAGGAGAAGGUAGCAAGUUAUACUUAGAGAGAAGGAGAAAAGAUGUCUUCGGCCGAAUCAACUCGUGAGGAGAAUGUGUACUUGGCCAAACUGGCCGAGCAGGCAGAGAGGUACGAGGAGAUGGUAGAAUUCAUGGAGAAGGUGGUAAAGACUGCGGAUGUGCAGGAGCUCAGCGUGGAGGAGCGCAACCUUCUGUCCGUGGCCUACAAGAAUGUGAUCGGGGCCCGCCGGGCCUCGUGGCGCAUCAUCUCCUCGAUCGAGCAGAAGGAGGAGAGCCGCGGGAACGAGGACCGUGUUGCCGUGAUCAAGGAGUACCGUGGCAAGAUCGAAGCCGAGCUCAGCAACAUCUGUGAUGGCAUCCUGAAGCUGCUCGAUUCCCACCUCAUUCCCUCCUCCACUGCUGCUGAGUCCAAGGUGUUCUACCUCAAGAUGAAUGGAGAUUACCACAGGUACCUCGCGGAGUUUAAGACUGGGGCAGAGAGGAAGGAGGCUGCUGAGAGUACGUUGGUGGCUUACAAAUCUGCUCAGGAUAUUGCUCUGGCUGAACUGGCCCCAACUCACCCAAUAAGGCUUGGGCUGGCACUUAAUUUCUCUGUGUUCUAUUAUGAGAUCCUGAACUCCCCAGACCGUGCUUGCAGUCUUGCAAAACAGGCUUUUGAUGAGGCCAUCGCUGAGUUAGACAGUUUGGGCGAGGAAUCCUACAAGGACAGUACUCUGAUCAUGCAGCUUCUCCGAGACAACUUGACCCUUUGGACCUCCGAUAUCACGGAAGAUGCCAAGGAUGAGAUCAAAGAAGCCCCAAAGAAGGAAGCAGGAGAGGGGCAGGGAUGAACCCAUCUGUUCUCUCAGGAUGGUGCCCUGUGAUCUGGAGUUUGUAAUUGGUAAUUCACAUAUGCAUGUAGGAUACUACCAGGAGCUGCUUAUUGUGUAUGGUUGUACCUUCUUUCCUUCUGAUCUACCAGCAUAAAUGUUUUAAUACUUGAUUGCUGCUCUAUUCGAAGAAGACUCGUUCAUUUCUCCCA